AUGCCCUCGGGCCCGGUAACUCUGCGAUGGCUUUGGAUCUGCAAGUAUACCGACGAGAUCUUCGUGUCUUGCGCGGACGUGAACAUUGUCGGUGGAGUGGCAACUACGACGCGGCUUGCAGGCACGACUACCACUACCACCGCGAGCAGCGAAUGCAUCUGGACCGAGCCUGCUGGGCGGACGGUGGAGCGUGUUUCCCGGGAGGAGAAGGACGGCCGAAUCUGCUGGGACGUUACCGUGCCUAGCGGGACCAAGGUGUACUACCAGUCCAAGACGGACAUCUACCAUUCGUGGAAUUCGAACGCUUGCUGCUUAAGUGCCGCAGAAAGUUUCGGGUCUGACGUGACGGGGAACCCCAACCUUGUCGUGUUCACUCCGACGGCGAACGUUGGUACCUUUGGUUUCUGCGAGUGCACUGCAUGGGAUCCCAACAAUCCCGGCACGUGUGCUGGUGCAGCUACAGCCGACAACAUGAUCUGCCCUGUUCUUGGGGCCUCGAAAGAAAUGUGUUCAGAGGCCGCAUCAUGGGAUGGCCUGCCUGUUGGUUGCACACCGGUCUUUUCAACCACGCCCUCCGCGACAGCGACCACAACCAUGGCCGUAUCCACCACCUCGCCUACAGACGGCUGCUGCUAUUGGGAUGCCAACAAGGGCUGUGAGGGGAGUGGAUACUGCUGGGAGUCCAAGGCCAAUUGCGAAGGCACCUGCAACGGAAAGUGGCUGGCAAACGCGCCUUCGACCAUGGCUCCGACAACAGUGCCCCCGACCACAACAGUCGCAACAACGACUGCACCAGUGUACACCACCACAACUACCGUCACCACUACGACAACUCCCAUGCCGACCACCACGACCACCACCACUACCAUGCCCUCAACAACGCGUGCCUCUUCGGAUAGCUUUGAGCCUGUGGAUGGAGGCGAGGGCCGUGCGUGCCGUGGAGCUCACGCCGGAGACAACGAUGCUUCCCACUUCACAACUGUGAGUGGAGGUGUGGGCUCUCUGGAUGAGUGCAAGGCACACUGCCUUGCGACCGCCGGCUGUCACGGAAUUGAGAACAUCGGAAGGAGGUGCGAGAUCUGGACGCACCCCGUCGGAGCGAGCAUCAGCUUGGACGGCUACGUCUGCCUGCGCGUCGUGGGAGGGCCGGUCACGACGACGGCUUCUCCGACUCAUCCGGUGCACUCCUCCUGUGGUCAGCUUCACGACCAGUGUGGAGGAGAUAUGUACACAGGCAGCAGCUGCUGCGUGUCCGGCCUUCGAUGCGAGUACAAGGCUGUCGCGGACGAAGAAUUGCAAUGUUAUCCUGGGCGGGUGCUGGCAGCAUCUUUCUUUGCUAAGCAGCUGUGUCUUGUCGACGGAGCUGUGGAGGACUCUAAGUACUCGCAGUGCGUCAUGGACGAGUCCAGCACGCAAACCUGCGCACAGAUCUGGCAACAGUGCCUCUGCUGCAUCAUAUCGUCUGCCACUUCGAAACUGGUUUCAAAGGAGUUUUUCGGCUACGUCCAUUGCCAAGUGAGAAGCUGCGGCACAGGCUUCGCAAAUCCCUGCUGA